AUGCCGAGUGUGUGCUUCUUCGAGACGGUCUAUCCGUUACUGACUGAUGAGACGUUCCAGGACUUUUACCAGUACAACAUCCCGUUCGGUAUGGCGCUCAAACUCACGAUCAUGCUUGUGGUCUGUCCCGCCCGCGCUGCUGGCGGCUGGCGGCUGGCUGCAGGCUCGAGCGCCAACUCGGGCAUCGAGCUCUCGGGAGUCACCCAGUUCCUCAUCGUCAAGGAGCAGGUCGGCAAGGCUGCGCCUGAAGACCAGCGCCUGGCACUCUCCGUCAUCCACGACAAGCCACAAGACGGCGAUGGCGGCGCCAUCGCCUUUAACUUUUCCGCUCCCGGCGCCGGCUUUCCAUACUUUUUCGAGGCCAAUACCGGCGACAACACGAAUUCCAACGUGCCGCCCUUUCUUGUGCGCGACGAUGUCACCCAUCGCCUCGACGGCUACUUUUUCGACAACGAGACCGAGUCUGGCGAGUGCCACUGGGCCUACGCCGCGUGUUGCACCGAUGGAGCCUCGAUCGGUCCGCUCAUCUCGCCGCUCGAGUCGGUUCCGUACGAGAUUACUAUCAAGUUCACGGAGCUGAUUGAUGCCGUCAACGUCACUGGUGCGAACGAUGCCGCCAGUAGGGGUGAUCCUUGGUCCCAGGAAGUCUACUUUCGCAACGCUCCACCGCUGCAGCCCACCCAUCUCAUUCGCCUUCCCACCAGGAACGGGACCAUCUACCCUGAGCUCCGGCUCCGCCCCGGCGCGUGCGCCCCGCGGCCGCCGUGCGACUACGGCUGCUUCGAGUGCCAGGCCCACCCCGAGUGUGGAUGGUGUGGCGCGACCCAGACGUGCCACGACCGGACGUGCGACGACGCAUUUGCCGCCUGCCCUACCGCCGAAGUCGACGCAACGUGCCCGACCGCCACCUACUGUGCCGCCCGGGACACUUGCGAGGCGUGCGCUGUUGAGACUGUCUGCACCUCUUGCUCGAUCUUUGACAACUCGACGUUGAGUGUCAACACCACGUGCAUCGCCAAGGACCUCCUCAACUAUAACUUUACCACCUGCGAGUCGGUUAACGACACGCUCGCCUUCUGCCCGCAGGACCCGAGCGUGACCAACUCGACCCGCGGGCCGACAAACGUGACCCAGCCGGACACCAUCGACAUCAGCGACCUCAUUCCGGCUUCAGCACCUGGCGAGUCUAUCCCGGUCUGGAUCUUCAUUGCCAUCGGCGUCGCCGUCUUUGUUCUCUUUGCCGUCCUCGUCCUCGUCAUCUGGAAGCUGUUGCGAGUCCAGCAGGAGGUCGCCUCUAUCGUCGCCUUUGAGGACACAGACGACAUCAAGAGCAACCCGCUGUUCGAGGACAACACCAAGGACAAGCUCAACCCGCUCUACGCCGACUGAAGUGCGGCAAUUAAAGUUUCUGUUUGCU